AUGAGCGGUAAUCGAUUUUCCAGGGGCAACUAUGGGUGGACUACUGUUUCUGGCUGUCGUAAUCAAGGGAGGGGGAACUUGAAGUGGGACACUUAUCCUUUUGGGGGGCGCAACCGUAAUGUUUCGACAAUUGGAGCGGGACUUAUUUCUUUCUACGUUUCGGAGUUCCCAGAUUAUACAAGUGCGAAGGAUUUGUUCGAGCUGUUUGGAUGUGUUGGUAAAGCUGUUGAAGUCUCGAUCUCCCCAAGGAGGAACAACAGAGGGAAGCGAUUCGGUUUCGCGCGUUUCGUCGACAUUGAAGAUGGUAGGCUGUUUGCGGUCAAACUCGAUAACAUUAUGAUUGUAGGGAGGAAGAUCCAUGUCAAUCUCCCUAGUUUUCAUAGGGGAUUGGUGGACGGUUCAAGGCACAGAGGCGGAGGAGGCACGAACGGGGUUAAGGGGACGGAGGAGGGGAGGCUCAAUGAGGGGUGGGAAUACAGAAGAGGUGCGAAAUCUUUCGCAGAGGUGGUUGGGGGUGUUUCGGGCGAACCUGAAGUGGCUGGGAAGUGUUUCUCGCCUUUGAUUUACAAGUCUGAGGAGGAAGAUAAAAAGAGGUUCCAGAAAGCUUUCAUUGGGAGAGUUCUAAUGCCAGGGUCUGCAUACAACUUACAAUCCUACAUGGAGAUGGAGGGAAUUUUUGCCGUGAGAGUCACACCGUUGGGAGGAGAUGUCUGCUUGUUGGAAGACAGGGAGGAGGGUUUCAUCGAAGACCUAAUAGCUGAAGGCGAAACAUGGUGGAAAAGUUGGUUCUCAGAUAUAAAGAGGUGGGAGGAAGGAAUGGUAGCAGAGAGCAGAGACGUUUGGCUGCGAAUUUAUGGUAUUCCGGUUCAUGCGUGGAAGUCUUCUUUCUUCGUGGCUCUAGCGGAGGUAUGGGGGAGUUUCUUAUGCAUUGACGAGAGAACCGCAAAAGGGGAUGUUUUUGAUGUUGCAAGGAUUCUGGUUAAGAUCAGACUUGAUAUUCAAACCCCGGAUGCUGUUCAAGCUAAUAUCGAUGGUAAACCGUUCAACUUGGUGGUUCGAGAGGAUGCUACGGGGUUGUUACGCAGUAACGUCGAGACAUCGGGUACAGUGGACUCCUUUUCCUCUGAGGGUAAUGUGAAGGGUGAUGGUGAUCCUUUAUGUGGAUCAGGUUUGAAGGGAGUGUCGUCGGGUGGCGGUCAUGGUGAUGUUUUGGUGGAUUGUCCUGUUAAUUCUUCUGUGGUUCUGGCUGAAAGGGGAUCUUCUUCGAUUCUGGCCGAAACGCCACUCGCUCCUGACAGUGUUGCCGUGGGGAACCAUUCUGUCUUGGGAAGCUUUGACGAGGCUGUGUCUCGUUAUCGGGACGGAAUUUCCGUUAAUUUGAAAACGAUAAAUUCUACAGGGCGUGAGCUUGUCAUGGUCCCUGCCUCACCUCGUGCUGUUGUAAAAUGUUCCAGUGUUAAGUCUCAAGCGGUGUUGGAUGAGAGACGGAGAACAAGGCUAGUUCGAAGAAAAUCUUUAAACGAGCUGUGUGUUUUCUGUAAAGGAGGGAGGAAGAAACCGUGUAGUAAGGGUGGGAAGGCAGCAAAGCGGCAAGGCAGUGGAAUUAAUUCUCUGAGUCAGCGUUGUGUGCACAGUGGGGGUCCGGAUGAUUCUGUUGCGAUUAUCAAUAUAGCAGGGGUGGGCAGGGCUGAAGGCUCACACAGUGGGGGCUUAAAAUCUUAUGGAAAUCACUCAGAAGAGUCCGACAUUAUUCGUAAUAAUCGUCGACAAUGGAAGUUUCUGGAAAAGAGAUAUGGAGGGGACUUGUGGGAUGCUAUGGAGGUAUUGGGGGUGGUAGAUAUGGAUGGAUGUGGGAAGAAAAUGGUAUUGAGAGGUGACUGUACUGUUGGAAGUAGUGAGAAUGGGGAAGGACGUUAG